UCAUGUAUUUAUCUUCCGGGUUACUAACGUGCUUCUCAACUAUGGGUGCUAUGCGCUAUGUAUGCUAGUAGCAACAGCAACACCAAGACCAAAUCCAAAACCAGUUAGCCGAAAACCAGACGUCCAUCAAACUUGUUGUUUUCUAAGUUAGUAACAAACACCAACAUUGUUGUAGCAUAACUUUGCUGGUAGAGAAUGUUAAGUUGAGUUAGCUUCAGUUAGCUACAGUUAGCUACAGUUAGCUAAACACCGAGGCCGUAUGACUGACUAACUAGCCUAACGUUAGCAGCUUUCUUGUCGACCGUUGUAAAAAGUACUUUUUUGUACUGUAACUGUACAACCUUAGAUACUCCUGCUGACGGUAAAUAGACCAUGGAGGGUCCAUCCUCUCGUGCACCAGCCCCCCGGGACGGACCGCCGUGGCUAGUGGGCAGGAGAGACCGUGGCGGGGAUGCAGAGUCCGACCGGGACAUUAAAACACACUUUCGUGUCUGUCGCUUCAUUAUGGAGACAGGAGUGAAGCUGGGUAUGCGCUCGGUGCCUGUGACCACAGCGUGUGUGUUGUACCACCGUUUCUUUGAACGUGUCAGCUUGCGCGCGUAUGAACCCUACCUGGUGGCCAUGAGCUGUGUGUACCUGGCCGGCAAAGUGGAGGAGCAGCACAUCAGGACCCGUGACAUCCUCAACGUAAGCCAUAGGUAUUUCAACAGUGGCAGUGCUCCUCUAGAGUGUGACAAGGAGUUCUGGGAUUUGAGGGACAGCGUGGUGCAGUGUGAGCUCCUCAUCCUCCGACAGCUCAACUUCCACGUCUCCUUUGAACACCCUCACAAGUAUUUACUCCACUACCUGCUGUCUGUGAAGUCGCUCGUGAACCGCCACGCCUGGUCUCGAACCCCUAUCGCGGAGACUUCCUGGGCGUUGCUGAGAGACUGUUACCAUGGAGCCAUGUGCAUCCUCCACGCACCACAACACAUUGCUAUAGCAACGCUGCACCUGGCUCUGGACAGCUACGGAGUGGAGCUGCCUGUCGGAGAGAGAGAGUGGUGGCAGGUGCUGUGUGUGGACGUGACCAAAGCAGACAUCGACGCCGUGAUCUCGGACCUUCUUCAACUCUACGACAUGGAGGCCAAGUGCAUCUGAAGGACACGACGACAAGGCCCGCACAUGGGAGACACAUGAGAGUUGUUGUUGUCUCUCUGUGUGUGCUUACGUGUUUUGUGCGGCACGGAUAUAUGUACGCCUGCACGUAUGCCAUUCGCUGCAUGCAAGUGUCGGGGUUCAGGUGCGAUUGUGUAAGAGAAAGGAACACUUUGUAUCGCUCCAGUUAGUCUGCGAGCUGUGACAAAAAAAAGCCCCACUGCACUACCGAUUCCUGCCACCGUGGGGAGCUAUUUCUCUCUGUCUGGUCUCUGAUCACCCAGCCCUGCAGAAUACUGAUGUGCUCUGGGGUAUAUAUCGUCAGCACAAACGCAUCCCAGCACUCAGCACCAGAAAAAGCUUCACACUCCUCACGCCACAUGUGCUAACUACAUAGUCCACUGUAUGGAUUUGAGUUCAGCACCCAGUUCUUAUAAAUAAUUCAACCAAGAACUGUAACAAAUCUGCAAAAAUGCAUGCGAGCGGUGACUGCAGUUAGACAUUUAAUAUUGUGUAACAGCAUCCUAACACAGUUCUCCAUCAGGAGAAUACUAGAAUUAGAUGGAUUUUUGUCUUGAUUGUAGGAUUGUGUGCAGACCACCUUGCUGCAUAUUGGAUUUUAUGGACUGGAUUCUAAACAUUCAAAUACAAAUGCAUUAAUUGGCUAAAUGACAUCUUUAUUACAAGUGCUAAUAUAUCCUGGUGAUUAUCUUGGUUUACUUAGUCUUGUCUUGUGUGUUUUUACAGCCAUUCCCAGAGAUAUUUUCAUGAUAAGCUAACAAGACAGUUUUUUUUGUACUUUGUUAGCGGUGGACCAAGCCAACGAACAUGUGGGUAAGUGAUCUACAGUAUGGUUUACACCCGGGGUCUGAACCCGCAGCUCCGGAGCCCCUCCCUGUGGCUCCCUGUGGCUUUGACAAAAUUGUUUUUUUUUUUACAUUUUUAAUUUCAUUUAUUAUAGUUUUCUAUGUCUAAAGUGAUUCUUAAAUUCC